UGAGGGGAGGUGGACGAACGGGAUUGGUCAGCGACAGACUGGCUGACCUCAGCACCGCCACCCACCACACUGCCUCAGUAUAAAGGCUGUGGUCCAUCCUCAGCCUCGGCUCUCUGGAUACGCAGCACACAGCUACUGACCAGGCGAACCCUGAGGAGAAAAAAAGUCACAAUGGCGAUGACCGACCUGGAGACCUCCAUGGCGACCCUGAUCGCUGUGUUUCGCAAGUAUUCGGAGAAAGAAGGAGACAAACACAAACUGAAGAAGAGCGAGCUGAAGGACCUGCUGCACGACGAGCUGCCGGAUCUGAUGACGCACGUGAAGGACCAGGCCGAGCUGGACUCCCUGAUGGAGAGCCUGGACACCGACGGCGACUCCGAGUGCAACUUCCAGGAGUUCAUGACUUUCGUCUCCCUGGUGACCGUCUGCUGCCACGACUUUUUUUCCGAGCAUGAGGACGAGUAAUGAGGCGGGGACCGUGGACGGUAUUGAAAGAAGGGGCUUAAGUAAAUUGUUACAAAUAAAGAAAAGAAGCAAGAGGCCCGGCAACGCAGAGCCUUCUCGACACCCGGGCAAAACAUGAAUCUUGGUUCUCUUUAACGACUUUUAGAUUGUUGAUUCGGCUAGUGAAGGAUUAUACAUGUCUCCCUUCUGUUCUAGCAGACAACCUUCAUUUCAAUGUAAAAUCUAUAAAUGGCUAGCAGAUUUUGGAUGUGGCUAGUGAUUUUUUUAAUUCACCAAUCAUAUGCGUUUACAAAAUCUUAGGAGGCCAUAACAAACUAUAGUCAUAACAGUCACUUUCUAGAGAUCCCUGCAAGUGAAAGACAGAGUUGGUUAAAUACACUUGAUUGGCUUGUAGAAGUUUCUAAAUGUCUUGUGAGUUUGAGCUGCUCUCGCUGCUAAUUUGAUAGAAUCCGGUCAAAAAUGUGAAACGUGGCCGGUACAUUUGCGAAAUGGCUUGCAAGUUUCUUUCGUUAGGUGUCUGCAAAAAGAAUAAUAGACAUUUUCAAAUGUUGAGUUAGCUGCUAAAAUAAUCUGAAAAUGUUGCUUGUAGACUAGAUGAGUUUUCCCUCCAGCUGUGAUGCUGUUAAGAGUUUGAAUCCCGUAGAAACUGUCAAACAAUCUUAAAAACUCUCAAUGCAGAGAAAACGUAGCUCUGAACGUGUUAAUCAAAACAGUGUGGAACAGAGAAGUGUCUGUCUGUCUGGUGACGAUGUGUCUUUUGAAAUGUGCAGAUUUGCUGGUUUGUUUGGACGUGGGCAACAUGAUUAAAUUAUCAAUGUGUAA